ACUCCUCUUUUCUGAACCAAUCAGUGGCUAGGUCAGGGGUGACGGGUAUAUCAACCCCACUGUUGGGUUGACUCUUACUCAAAACACAGUUGCAUCAAGUGCAUUUGAGACAUCUAAGACUUUAUUUCAAAGCAUCACCUACAGUCAUGGCACCGAUUCUUCUCAACUGCAUGGGGAAUGAACACAAUGACUACAUCAAGCAACAGGUUCAAGUUAAAAAUCCCUAUUUGGACACAAUGGAGGAGGACAUUCUGUACCACUUCAGUUUGAGCACAAAGACUCACAACCUUCCAGAGAUGUUUGGAGAUAUUAAGUUUGUGUGUGUUGGUGGCAGUGCGAAUCGAAUGAAGGCUUUUGCCCAGUUCAUGCACCACGAGCUGAAACUGCCGGGAAUCCCAGAAGACAUCAGAGAUAUCUGCGAGGGGACCGAUCGCUACUGCAUGUACAAAGUGGGACCGGUGCUCUCUAUAAGUCAUGGUAUGGGUGUCCCUUCCAUCUCCAUCAUGCUGCACGAGCUCAUUAAGCUGCUCCAUCACGCCCGGUGCCGUGAUGUGGUCUUGUUUCGACUGGGAACAUCUGGUGGAGUCGGUUUGGCUCCAGGCACGGUGGUGAUCACUGAUAAAGCAGUGGACUACUCUUUCCUCCCCCAGUUUGAACAAGUUGUUCUGGGUAAAGUUAUCACUCGGAGCACUGAGCUGGAUGAAGGAGUUGCCAACGAGCUUCUGCAAUGCUCCUCCGAGUUGCAAAACUUCCCAACCGUCAUUGGAAACACCAUGUGCACCCAUGACUUCUACGAAGGUCAAGGCAGACUCGACGGAGCUCUUUGCUCUUUUUCUCACGAGGAAAAGCUGGAGUAUCUGAGAAAAGCUUACGAGGCUGGAGUGAGGAAUAUCGAGAUGGAAUCCACCGUCUUUGCCGCCAUGUGCCGAGUCUGUGGCCUGAAAGCGGCUGUGGUGUGCGUUGCCUUACUGAACCGCUUCGACGGCGACCAGAUCACCUCCUCUCACGACGUUCUGGUGGAGUACCAGCAGAGACCCCAAGUCCUGGUGUCCCACUUCAUCAAGAAACAUUUAGGACUUGUUGCCUGAACGCUUUGCCCCUCCUGUAAAAAAAAACAAAAAACUAUCUAUAUCUACCAUGUUGAUAAUGUAUAUAUACAUACACUGUACCUAAUGUUAAUAGUUAAAUUAGAGAAAUAUUUAUGCUUUUUUUUAUGAUUUAUUUGAUGAAGUUGAAAUAAAUAUUUUCACAUUGCUUUUACAGAUAUUUAAGUAUUUGUUGCAUAUGUUCAUAUUAAAUGCGCUAUCGUUGUAAGGUAGUACAAAUCUUUACAAUAAUGUGUUGUGUAUGCUCAUUUUCAUGUUAAUGUGCCACCAAGGCUGACAUGCAUAGAGUUGACUCCAAAAUUUUAUGUUUAUUUUGAUUUGAUAUUUGAUAUUUUUGAUUUUGUAUCUGAAUGUCUGAAAAUUAAAUAGCACCUUAUUGAAGCAAAACAAAACAAAACAAAAAAAACAGCUUAUACUGUAGCUUAGACAGUGAUCUAUGGUUUGAAAGGCAUUUAUUUUUGUAAUAAAGCAACACAGACAAUAAAGAGCAAUAUUACAUGUUUUCAAGAUCUACUUAGCAGUUUAUGCUGUACAUAUGUUAUUGUAAAAAAAGAACUUUAUGUAAGCAGUCAAUAAAUAAACACCCAUCAGCAA